UUGACGUGAGAUAUCCCGCAAAUUGACGCGGUAAACAACAUGGCCGAUGUGCGGUGCACGUCAUUACAAGAGAAUAACACGGUUUGAUAAAUCAAUAUUUCAGCUAUGUACAUCGUAAAGUAUGUACAUCCAUACAGGCAUGUCGUUUAAAUGUAAAGGUUGACAAAUUUGUUCGUCCGAACCGCGAAUUCUCCGCGUGACGAUGUCGUCGGAGAAGGUUCUUUAUCGGUUAGACCAGCCCCACAGUGCCGGUAGUGUAUACAUUUCCUGGCGUCCGGGAAAUAGUACACACUUAGCCACAACAGGUUGUGAUUCCACAGUUGCCAUUUUUGACAGACAAGGAGAUAUUCAAGAACGAAUACAAAUUUCCGGACUGUGUAAUGGCUUUGGUUGGGAUUCUGACGGAGAUCUGCUGGCAGUGAUAUCUCAGAAUUCCUCAAUAAUCGUACUGUGGGAUGCAACAACAGGAAAGAAGUCUCAGAUAGAUGCAGGUGUGAGAGAUGGACUGACUUGUAUGAUGUGGGCAAAGAAGAGCUGUGUGUUGGCAAUAGGAACAGAAAAGGGCAAUUUGGUGCUUUAUGAUCACAUAAAUGCCAGGAGAAUACCAAUUUUGGGGAAACACAGAAGGCGUAUUCUAUGCGGUGCGUGGUCGAUAGACGGUCUUCUUGCUUUGGCAAGCGAGGAUAAAGUUUUAACCAUCAGCACAAGUGAGGGAGACACUCGCCGAGAAAUAAGUCUUCAGGGUGAUCCGUCCGAUAUACAAUUCAGUGAGAUGAAAAUGGAUCAUAGGAUAGGCGGUGAAAAUACAGUGUCCCUUGUUGUCAGCAAAACAACUCUGUUCUUAUACAACAUAUUGGAUCCAGAAAAUCCCAUUGAAUUGGCUUUUCAGAAACGUUACGGACUGAUUGUAACUUACAAGUGGUAUGGCGAUGGUUACAUACUGGUAGGAUUUGAGGCUGGUUUCUUCAUCGCGAUAUCGACACACAUCAAAGAAGUCGGUCAGGAAUUGUUUCAAAUCAAAAAUCACAGAGAUUCGUUGACGGAUAUCGCGCUGAGUCAAGUGGUUGGAAAAAUGGCCACUUGCGGUGACAAUACGAUAAAAGUACACAGUUUGCAGAAUCUCGAAGAAACGGAAACGUUGAUCACGGUGAACGGCGAGAAUGGGAUCAGUAACAUUGAAUGGUCAACAGACGGAACGAUGUUGGCGGUUGUCACUUACAUUGGAAACAUUUUGAUUUAUUUGAUAGAAAUUCCUAAAUUAACCAGCGCCUGUGGCAACAGGAUAGCCCUGCUGACAAGUCUGAUGGAAGUUGCCGUACAUUUUUACACACUGGACAAGGACAAACCAAGUCCGCAGAUAAUUAACACCAUAAUAGAACCGGCGAUACUAGCGGUAGGUCCAAUGCAUUUAGCAGUAGGACUGAACAACAGAGCGUUAUUUUGGGACUUGUCCGUAAACCACUACAACAACAUUCACUUUGAAAAAGAUUAUUUGGCUACAAUCGAUAGCAUGCGUCUAAACGAGACGUACGUGUCGGCGCUGUUUGACGGAAAACUACAAUUGCAUUCGAUUAAAUUUGAUCAGACAUUAAGCAACAACGAGAAGGAUACAAAAAUGUUUCCAGACACGACUUCUUCUCAGAGUAGAAUAACAUGUCACGCUCUGUGCUCGGAUUUCUUGGUUUACGGUGACGACAUGGGUCACAUUGUCUAUUUUUAUCUGGAAACCUUUAACGAAAGUACGGAAUUCGCGCAUAACAACGGGAUAAAACAGUUGUACUUGGACGCGAACGGGACGCAGUUGUGUUUUAUCGACGACAAAUCGGACGCGUUCGUGUUCGAUCCGAUAAACGAAACAGCCAUCGCGGUGCCUGAUUGUCCUGAUAACAUUGACGGUAUUCUCUGGGAUCAGAACAUAUACGAACGCGCUAUAUUUGUGGUGUACAACAAGAGCGUGAUUGUAACAUACAUUCUUGUAAAAUAUUUUAUCGAAGGUACCAAAGUGAUAAAAGUAAAUACAACCAAAUUGCCAUUGGACUCGAUACCUUUACUGAUGUAUUCCGGCGAGGUAACGUUGAGCACAACGGGUGGCAAACUGAUACAAAUAACAUUAGCCUCUCACGAAGACGUGGGCAACAUUGUGGAAUCGAAGAAGGUCAAUGAGAUUUUAGACAAUCAAAUAUUGUGCAGACGAUUUCAUCAGGCGUGGAACAGUUGUGAGAAAUUAAACGAGAGAGACGCGUGGGUGAAGCUAGGACAAAGUGCUAUCGCGAACUUAAAUAUCGAAUACGCCGUCCGCGUGUAUCGACAAAUAGAAGACGCUUCGAUGGUGUGGACGUUACAAAGCAUGGAGAAUAUUGACGAGUUGGCGUUGUUAUGCGGCCAUGCUUGCAUAUUACUGGGAAAUUAUAACGAGGCGGAAAAAUAUUUUCUACAAUCAUCCGAGCCGGUGCAGGCCCUGUAUUUAAGAAGGGACCUGAUGCAGUGGGAACAAGCGUUGAGUUUGGCGCAGAAAUUAAAACCCGACGAAAUUCCCUUCAUCGCCCGAGAAUAUGCUCAACAGUUGGAAUUUACCGGAAAUUACCCGAAAGCUUUAACGAAUUACGAACGCGGUCUGGUUGAUGUCGACGCUUCGUUGACUUUGGCCGCGCAAAAUCCUCACCAUCGCAGUCAGUGUUUAGCGGGAAUAGCGAGAAUGUCUAUAAGAUGUGGGGACAGCAGAAGAGGCGUCGGAAUAGCCAUGGACAACGAGAGUUCGAGAUUGUUACGAAAGGAAUGUGCCGAGAUCUUGGAAUCGAUGAAGCAAUUUAGCGAAGCCGCGCAGUUAUACGAAAAAGCGGAAUAUUUUGACAAGGCUGCUUCAGCGUAUAUAAAGUUAAAGAAUUGGCACAAGGUGGGCCAACUGUUGCCUCAGAUAUCGUCGGCGAAAAUUAACAUACAAUACGCCAAAGCCAAAGAGUCCGAGGGUAAAUACGAGGAGGCUGCAAAAGCGUACGAAACCGCCAAGGACUACGACAACAUAAUUAGAAUUAAUCUGGAAUAUUUAAACAAUCCCGCUCGUAGUGUUGAGGUUGUGCAACAAACCAAAAGCAUAGAAGGUGCGAAGAUGGUUGCUAAAUAUUUCCAAAAGAUGAACGAUUACAACGCGGCUAUCAAAUUUCUGAUUCUGUCGAAUUGUCACGACGAAGCUUUUCAACUGGCCAAUCAACACGGCAAAAUGGAACUGUACGGAGAAAUUUUGGUGAACACGAUCGACGACACCAACGUGCGGAGAGAAGAUUUCAGAAGCCUCGCGAUGCAUUUUGAGUCUCAGAAAAACAAUCUCUUGGCAGGGAAGUAUUACUUCCACGCCAAAGAGUAUCAGAAAGCUCUGCGACAUUUGUUAAAAGCUGCGCAACUGGUGCCGGACGACGAUCGAGCGAUCUCUUACGCCAUAGACACCAUCGCGUCUUCUAAAGAUGAUAAAUUGGCCAAUCAAUUAAUUGAUUUCUUAUUAGGAAGCGAUGGAUUACCAAAGGAUCCGAAGUAUCUGUUUCGAUUGUACAUGGCUCGAAAGCAGUAUAAAGAAGCGGCUAAGACGGCGAUCAUAAUUGCGAACGAGGAACAAAUUAACGGAAAUUACAGAAAUGCUCACGACGUCUUGUUUGGAAUGUAUCAAGAAUUGAAGAGAAACAAGAUCACCAUACCUUUGGAGAUGCAAACCAAUUUGAGACUUUUGCAUUCCUACAUUCUGGUAAGAUUACACGUGAAGAGAAGUGAUCAUCUACGAGGCGCCCGAAUGCUGAUAAGAGUGGCCAACAACAUAUCGAAAUUUCCAUCUCAUAUUGUACCGAUAUUAACGUCGACCGUAAUAGAAUGCCACAGAGCGGGCUUGAAAAACGCGGCUUUCAAUUUCGCCGCGAUGCUGAUGCGUCCCGAGUAUCGCGGACAAGUAGACGCGAAGUACAGCAAAAAGAUCGAAGCGAUCGUGAGAAAACCACCGAAAGCAAAGGACAUCGAGAACGAGGACGAGCCUCUGACACCGUGUCCGUAUUGCAAGAGCAGACUUCCCGAGACUGAAGUAACCUGUGAUAAGUGCAAAAAUACUAUACCAUUCUGCAUCGCAACGGGACGACACAUUGUUGAGGAUGAUUUUACAGUAUGUCCUCAAUGCGAUUUUCCCGCCAUUAGAAGUGAAUUUUUAAGAAUCGCCGAAUCUGAAGAGACUUGUCCAAUGUGUUCGGAACGAGUUGUUCCUGAAGCUGUAUCGUCCACCAUUGACAUCCGUCCGUAUCUCAAUUUUCAGGAAGAAAACACCAACAUUAUAAAGGCAUAAUGUUGAUUUUUGUAAGAAAAGUGCACUUAGUGAUAUAUAGACAAAUGAGGUAAGAAAAAUAUUGUAAUUAGAAUUUAUACAAACACACACACACACACAAAGAAUACAAAUAGCUAUAGACGUUUGCACUUUUGUGCUGCAUAAGUGAAAAGGUGCCUUGUUAUUGUUGUGCCUUAUGGCUUCUAAUUAGUCGCUGUGGAAUUCUUGAAUGUGACAUCAAGAAGCGAGAGAAACAUACAUCCGAAAUUCGUCCACUUUAUGUUAAAAUAAAACAAGUGUUGGACGACUUUCAGACGUAUGUUUCCUCGCUUGUGUUAUCCUUAAGCAAGUAGAGAGAGAGUUUACUCUCUCGAAAUAAUGUUGUUUGCAAACAACAGUUAGUAGAAUAUGAAUUGACAACAAAAAACAGUAUUGUGUCGAUAUAGUGUGCCGUCCAUAUGAGUACAAGUUAUUUAAGUGCGAUUAGAUUAUUACUCACUUGAAAACAAAAACAGUUUUAUAAACACGUAGGUUUGCGUUACGCAAGCAGUUUGCUUCUUAUAUUCUCAUUAUAUAUAAUAAGAAUUACUUUUUUUUAAUCAAGAGAAGAGAUUAAACACAGAAUAUUAAACUUUAUACACUUUUAUUAUUUAGUAUAUAUUGAAUAUAUAAUUGUGAGCAGAUAUAAUAUAUAUCACAAAAUAAAACAUCACGAAACUGAGUUAAUUAAUUACAAUGUGAAUCUACGUGAUUCACACUUUUAAUUGAAUUAAAUAAUUAACGAAGAAAGACGUUCCGAGCUUUAUUUUGCAGCAAAUAGAACGUGGAGUGAAAUCGAAAGGCAUAUUCGCAGUUAUUGUAAUUGGCUGAAAGGGAUUGAGACCCGGAAAACAAUUUUCUAAAGACGGAUUCGAACUCGAGAUCUUCGAGGUUCGCAGCCUUUGCCCCAGAAGUCACGAGACCACGGAUCUCGCGACGUGCAAUAAAACGGCCGAUCUAACCCAACCUCAUACAACAUUCGUACAACAAUUUUUACACUUGUAGACGCGACAUGAUACAUAACUUAUUGUUAGAUACGUAUGUAUAUUAUAGAAUAGAACACGUGACUGCGCAGCAUGACUUUGAGGAAUCGAUGCGCGAUGUAACGUCAUGCUGCUGUUUUUUCUCAUAAAGUUUAAGUCGGCAUUCCGCGAUGUGUAGACUCUCUUACAAGUUUAUCGCAACGUUUGCACAAUGUUUCCCGUUGUCUUUCGAAUUUUACGCGCAAAAAUCUAUUCUUGUCUUUCGCAGAGAAGAGAUAAUGAUUCUCGAGCAAACUGUAAAUCUGUUGCGCGCUGUUACUUUUUUCUAUUGCAAAAUAACUGUUUCUCGCUUUACAGAGAAACAAAAUGCGGCUUUGCGUGCGCGUUAAGUCAUCGACUAUAAAUACCGUUUUUUUUUUUCGAACUCGAAUAAAAAUAUCGAACAAUACAAUCGUCGGACGCUAUACACGUACAUACUUUUACAUACUAAUAUUAUUUCUUUAAUCUUUUGCAUGUAUGCAAAAAAUGUUUUUGCAUAUAUACGAUCGAUUCCGCGUGUGUCCAAGUACACAGUAUUCUCCAAAUAUUUCACCUUUCACUUAUGUAAUAUGAGACUCCUCGUUAUCAGCUGUUAUCAAUAAACACACAAUAUCUAUAAUAUC